AUGCAAUCACUCGUGCCAAGGGAAACAACUAUAGUAUUAUAAUGAAAAAGUCGUCUGCUAUUCCUUCUUAACGCCCUCACAAAUACAAAAUGGCCGCCCGUCUUUGCCCACAGACCAGCCUGGUUUGCCAGCCGUGUCUGUAAAGCAAGACACGAAGCAUGAAGUGUCCACCGUAUCAUCGGUGUGGGGCGAAGCUCUUUGUUCGUCUUACGCACACUGUGCUGUGCUUAGGCGUUCCAGCGUCGCUUUUAUCUAAGGAUACAAUUCUGGCACAUGCAUUGCUGCAUGGAGAAAACCUGGUUGUGGGCAUACUGUAUGUAGCACUGCUGGCCUUUUCUCUCAGCAUGUACUAUGCAGCUUGUUUUGUUGACCCAGGUUACCUGCCAGUGGUGAAGAAGAGACCUGUCAAACUCACAGCCACCAGCAGUACUGAGGCAGCAGACUCAGAUGAGGAAGGGUCAACUAUGCUGAAGUUUCAGACAUCUGAAGGAGACUUUAAGUACCGUCAGUGUGACUUUUGUGAAAUUCAGCAACCAAUGCGGACCAAGCACUGUGAGGAUUGUGGAAAAUGUGUCCGCAAAUAUGACCAUCAUUGCCCUUGGCUGGAGGCGUGCAUAGGGGAGCGCAACCACAAGUUCUUUUGGCUUUUCCUCUUGGCUACCUCUGCACUUACACCAUGGACAUUAUACAUGACUUGGAACGGGAUUGAAUACCAACCACAGUGGGGAGACUGGAUCAAGACAAAUAUUCUACUCAUGAUAAAUAUUUUGAUUGAAGUGGCAGGCGGCUUCAUUGUGGUGGGUCUCUUGAGCUUCCACACCUUCCUAAUGCUGCGGGGGCUGACAACAUGGGAAGCAGCCUCUCGAGAACGGAUCACCUACCUGAAAUACCUAGAUGAGAAUUACAACCCUUUUAAUGAGGGUCUCUGCAAGAACACUUUUUACUUUUUGUGUUCAUUCCAUAGUCGCAAGUGGGAGGGUGUAUACACUAAACAUGCUCAGAUCAACAGCUCUGUUGCUUGACACUUUGAUUAUCAUGUAUUCAAAACAAAAAUCAAAAAAACACUGCUGUUUGUAGCUAUGUUUCAAAAACUGUUUUGAGAUGAUGAAACUGAGCCGUAAGUGAAGUAUGACACAAUACACUUGUAGGGUUUGAUUUCUUUAAUAACAAAGACUUGGAAAAAAGUAAAAUUAAUGUAUUAUACAUAGAUGACCUUUAUCAGCUUUCACAUAAUGGCAUGUUUUAGAAUAGUAUUAAAUAUUUUUUAUAUUUCUUUCUAAGAAGCACGAGAGAUCAGAAAAAGGAAACUUUUAGAAAUGGAAUACAUUUAGAUGUACAUAGGUGAAUCACUUGGGCAGUUUACUGUCAUACAUGAGGACGCAGAAUCUGACGGUAAAGAUUAUUUUUGUGAAAGGUGUGUGGUUCGUUCUGUAUAAAUGGUUAUAGAGUGGUUAACAAGAGGACUUGUAGUUCUGUUAAAUGUGCAGCUAAUUUUUGUCACCUAUAUAUAUAUAGAGAUAUAUUUCCCUUCAAAAUAUGUCAAAAUGUUCCAAACUGAUAAUUGUUUUUAACAGAAGCAACAGUGCAUUGCAGCUGUAGCAUAAUAUAUUUGAAGUAUGACAUUUUGCUUUGUUGCUAUUCAUAACUGAAUAUUUGUGAGAUAUCAUAACAGUGACCUGAUGCGUUAUGAAAUGCAGUUUUCUUUGCCAUGGAGAUCAAAUGACAUAGAAGUUAGAGCUCAGUGUUAAAGAGCAAUGUAUCAUUAAUUGUUGUAUUGUUAUGAAGUAAAUUAUUUGACUCAUGCA